UUGGUCAGUACCAGAAGGCAGCAUCACCGCUCUAGCAGCAGAUGUCAGAUGAUUCUUUAGCUCGCUCUCCCGUAGCAACAUUAAGGGGACUUAUCAACGGAGACUGGCAACUGUUGAAACAUCUUUUAUCAACAUUAACUGAGCAGCAACCUAUAUCCAGACAAUGAUUCCAGAGUUGUCCAACCCCUCGGUGUGUAUGAGGGACCCUCAGAGGGUGGAGGACAUCCUGCAGUCCAUGGUGAAGGCUGGCUCCAACACCGUGCAGGUGAUCGCAGAUUUUGACAUGACUCUGACAAGAUUUGCAUACAAGGGCAAAAGGUGCCCUACAUGUCACAAUAUUCUUGACAACAGCAAUCUUAUCUCCACUGAAUGCAGAAAAGAGCUGAAGGUUCUGCUCGACACAUACUACCCUAUAGAGAUCGACUCGGCACGAUCAAUAGCAGAAAAGCUGCCCCUGAUGGUGGAAUGGUGGACUAAAGCUCACAAAAUCCUGGUGCAGCAGAAGAUUAGGAAAGACCUGCUGGCCACGGCGGUGCGGGAUUCUGACGCCAUGCUGAGGGAGGGCUACCAGCUCCUCUUCGACCACCUGCAUGAGCACAGCAUCCCCCUCCUCAUCUUCUCUGCUGGAAUUGGAGACAUCCUAGAAGAGGUUAUCCGCCAGGCCGGAGUCUUCCACUCCAACGUCAAAGUCUUCUCCAACUACAUGGACUUCGAUGAGUCUGGAUUGUUGAAGGCUUUCAAGGGAGAGCUGAUCCACAUCUACAACAAACGGGAAGGCGCUCUGCUGAACACCGGUCAUUUCGAGGAGCUGCGGACGCGCCCCAACGUGCUCCUGCUGGGAGACUCUCUGGGAGAUCUGACCAUGGCCGACGGGGUGCAGGACAUGGAGAACAUCCUCAAGAUCGGCUUCCUUAAUGACAAGGUGGAGGAGAGGAAGCAGUCUUACUUGGACUCGUUUGACAUAGUGUUGGUACAAGAUGAGACCCUGGAAGUCCCCAAUGCCAUAAUGCUCUACCUGACAGGCAAUAAGUAAACUGAGCACUGCUGUUUUCUAUUGUACGCUCCAGUGCCAUCAGCCGAAGCUCAGAAGGUGCCAGUGGAAGGCUUAUUUAGAAUGUUACACGAUUGUUUUACAAAACUCUUCACAAGUCCAGUUUACAGACACAGCUCACGUUCACCAUGUCACCCUUUGAUAUUUUCCUCCAUUGGCCUUCCGCUCAUGUUUAUAGUCAAACUGACCAUACUGUGUGCGAUGGGAGCCAGAUUUGCACCGUCUACCUACUGUGCAGGAUGUUUGGCGUGUGUGUGGUUAUGUUUUUGUUUGUGUUUUUAUUUGGGGGAAGAUAAUAUUGUUUUUGUUAGUGGGUCUGUUUUUGUCUUCAUAUAGGAUGUCAUGAUAAAGGGAAAAAACGCACAACAUAAGUGGCAGCAUUUGACAUCUGGUUUGAAACCAAUUCCUUACAAUAAGCUCUUUACCAAAUAAAGAAACUUGAUCUUUUUCAAAAAGCGUUUUCUUACAGUAUCAAGUCUUCCAGUUUCUGGACUCAUUGUAAGUUUACAGUACAGGUUGUAUUUGUUAUGAACAUUGUUACAUUUUGCAAUGUUUUUGUUAACAUUAUAAGGGGUUAACUCAAAUACAUCUGAUUUUAAGCUUAAAAUAAAUAGUCAUUUUUUAAAUGUGGUGGAGUGCACAACGUCAAAGGUCAACGUAUUUAAAAUGACUAACGUCUAUCUCAUAAGUGUUGGUAUUAAGAUUAUCAUAAUUUAGUAUUUUUACAUGAAGUAACCCUCAGUCAACGGUUGAUUCAAAAGUGUGCACUGCAACAAACACAUUUUUUUUUAAUUCAAUAACCACAGUUUAAUAAUUAAUUUUUCAUAUGUGGAUAAUAUGCCAUUCAGUCAUUCUGAAAUAAAAUAAAUGUAGUUUGAUUCUGUCCAUGGAACCUAUGUCACACAUGUCAUACCUCUACUCCUGCAGUUCUACACUUGUCUGUCAAAUAAAACUGAAAAAUGUAUUAUGAUUGUGUGAAAUAAAGUUUCAUUUUACUACAAAA